GGGAAUCAAUUUCAAAUUAUUGAAAAAGAACGAAGUCACAUGAUCAUCUCGUCAACAGUAUCAAUAUGCAAUAACGACUCACUUCAUACGUAAACAUUUUUGAAAGAAAAAUAAGAAAUAAAUAAUACCAAAACUUGACAUUCACAUUUGGAUCUGAAACAAAUUGAAAGUUAAUUUGUUGAUUCGUCAAUGUCCUCUCCAUACAAUUAUGCUCUUCCUUCAAUGGUUGUAAGCAAUGUAGAUAAUACUGAUACUGAAUCUGAAGUUGAUGGAAAUGAAUUUCUGGAAUCUAAUGAGUUUGAAUAUGACUCAAUAUCAGAAAUAUUACCAUCAACAGAAAUGGAUACUAAUAGUGAUCUAGAAGAUUUCUCAUCUGAAUUUUUAGAUAUUUCUACUACUGAUGAAAAUGAAGUUAAUGAUACAGAAAGUUCUACUCAAUUAGAAUCCGAUUCUGAAACCAAUGACGAAGAAACAGUAGUACAAGAACCUGAAUUGAAACGUGCAAAAUUAAAUGAGAAUGAACAGUUUGAAGAUACAGAAAGUGUGGAUCCAAAUCAAAAGUGCCCUAUUUGUUUAGCAGCAUGGACAAAUAUUGGAGAACAUAGAUUAUGUUCAUUACGCUGUGGUCACCUAUUUGGAUAUAAAUGUAUUAAACAAUGGUUGACAUCAAGUAAUCCAUCUGCAAAAAAAUGUCCUCAGUGUAAUUCAAGAGCAUCUGUUCGUCAUAUUUGUUUGAUUUAUGGUAAUAAAUUGAGUUGUGUUGAUGUCAGUCAGAUAGAAAAGAUGAAGAAACAAUUAGAUGAAAGCGAAGAAAAACUGUUAAAAAUAGCUAAAGCCUUGGCUAAACAAAAAAAAAAAACGAAAAAGUACAAGCAAAUGUAUAAAGCUAGGACUUUAGCUGUCAAUAUUCACUCACCAUUCUCUCAAUCAUAUUCAGAUUUGGAUUUUUCUGAUUAAUUCAAAUUUGUACUUUCAUACAGUAUUCAAAAGCUAAUUAGAAAUUUGAUCAAUAUUCAAUGUAAAAACAAAAUAUAAUCAGAUUUUAUGCCCAAGGUUGAUCAGUACUUAAAAAAACAGAUAAAUUAAAUAGUAAUAAAUAUAGGAAUACUUAACUGUACAAAUAAUAUAUGCAGUUUCAGUAUCAGUAUGCAGUCAAAAUAAAAAUUUUCUUGUAUUUACUAUUUCUCAAUCAACUAUUUUUCGUAAAAUGUAAGCUGUAUUCAAAUAAAAUGAAUAAACACUUAUUUUUUUAA